CACGCACACUUUCGGCUACAUAGGCAUGAGAGGAGAGCGGCCUCCCCAGCCACCCACUCCUUAUUGCUAUAACAACCAAAGGCGCGGUCAAGCAGGCAGCUUGACUCAAUAGAACAGCGUUUCAAUUCAGACGGACACCGACCGACCCCUCCAACGGGAGUUAUCUUUCUGUCAAGUAAACAUAGCCGAAACAGAAUCCAGAGAGAUAUAGUUGUUUGUUGCAAAGCGAAUGAGACAGAAUAGCGAAGGAGCUCCCGGUCUGUUACGUGAAGAUUAGACUAGUGUUAUAACCUGUAGGUAGGCUGCUACUGGUGGUUGGGCUGUAGCCUACUGGAGAGUAAGGACACCUUUGCUUUCGCAGCGCAGCGGUUGUAUGGAUGGGCUGAGUAAAGCAAGGUUUAAAACUAACUGGGCGACAAUCAGGAAGAAACCCUAUUCAGUCCUACUUUUUUUGUCGACUAGAGACGGGGCACCAUCCCCACUGAGUCAGCACGAAAAGGUGACAUUCUUUGUGAAGCGGUACCUAUAAUCUUCUCACGUCUGUCUUCCCCGGUGACGACAUGGCGAGUGAGAACGGACAGUCUGGGGGGGGGUCUUGGAAAAAGAAUGUCGAUGAUAUCAAGAAGGUAUUCGAGUUCAAAGAAGUCCUUGGAACUGGUGCAUUCUCGGAAGUGGUAAUGGCCAGGGAGAAGACCACAGGGAAGAUGGUUGCAGUGAAGUGUAUCCCUAAGAAAGCACUGAAGGGGAAGGAGACCAGCAUCGAGAACGAAAUCGCCGUGCUAAGGAAGAUAAAACAUGAGAACAUUGUGGCUUUGGAGGACAUCUAUGAGAGCCCCAACCACCUAUACCUCAUCAUGCAGUUGGUGUCUGGGGGUGAGUUGUUUGACCGCAUUGUAGAGAAGGGCUUCUACACAGAGAUGGAUGCCAGCAGACUCAUUAAACAGGUGCUGAAUGCUGUCAACUACCUCCACGACAUGGGCAUCGUACACAGAGACCUCAAGCCAGAGAACCUUCUCUACUACAACCCCCAUGAUGAGGCUAAGAUCAUGAUCAGUGACUUUGGUCUGUCUAAGAUGGAGGGGACAGGAGACGUGAUGGCUACAGCCUGUGGAACACCAGGAUAUGUGGCCCCAGAGGUUCUGGCUCAGAAGCCCUACAGCAAAGCAGUGGACUGCUGGUCUAUCGGAGUCAUCGCUUACAUUCUGUUGUGUGGCUACCCUCCGUUCUAUGAUGAAAAUGACUCCAAGCUCUUUGAGCAGAUACUCAAGGCCGACUAUGAGUUUGAUGCACCGUAUUGGGAUGACAUAUCUGACUCAGCCAAACAGUUCAUCAGCUCUCUGAUGGAGAAGGAUCCAGAGAAGAGAUUCACCUGUGACCAGGCUCUAGCCCACCCCUGGAUUGCUGGGGACACGGCUCUCUGCAAGAACAUCCAUGAAUCAGUCAGUCGGCAGAUGAGGAAAAACUUUGCCAAAAGCAAAUGGAGGCAAGCGUUUAACGCCACAGCAGUGAUCCGUCAUAUGAGGCGUCUCCAGUUAGGCAGUAGUCUGGGCGGCAGCUUUGGAAGCAGUAUGAGUGUGGACCAACCAGGACAGAAUUCUAUGCCAGCCAAGAGCAUGUCUGUAGACUGUGCCUCCCUCUCACGCAAAGACGGUCCUCUACAACCUCUGUCCACUCUGCCUCCUCUGCCAUCCUCCCCUGCAGCCUGCAGCGCCCCCGUUAGCAUCGGAGUGGAACCACAUGUAGAACCAGAGGCGGUGGCACCAGAGGCAGUGGUGGAGGUGCCCCGGCCACGCCCCUCCACGGUCACCACCAUCCACACGGGGACUAAAUGACAUCAGGUUCCACGCGAGGUCAGCUGGGAGACCACAGAGCUUUGAGUCGGGAUUCCAUGAUUACAAUUCCGCCCCUCAGAAUUCCACAAUUCGUCUCUCUUAGUCUGCCCACCCCGCCCAUUCUCAGCUGCUGGGAUUGAGAACUUGAGGAGCUGUUCAAGGCUCCAUUUACCAUGGAUCAGUACGUUUCUAUCUGAACACUCUGCCUGCUAACGGGCCACAGGGCUGGUGGAGGAGAAGUAGAGGACCACUGACUGUCUCGCUCUGUCCUCCUGACCAGAGGGUGGCCAGCGGGGUCAGUCUCCCAGUGCUUGAAUCGGGUCGGUACAGAGUAAUUUCAACCUCAAAUGUUCACCUCCUUAUUGAAUAUUCACUCUAAACAUUGUAUAAUAUCAGCCAGUAGUUUAGAAAGUAGUGCCCCCCCCCCCCCCCCCCCAAGGCGCAUUUGUUAUUGUUUUUGUUUUUUUUGAGGAAAUUAGCUGUUGUUUUGAAGUAACGUCUUUGUUGUCCUAAUAUCGCAGUUUCACCGCUAUGGAUCGCAGCUUCAAGAUCCUAUUCCAUUUCUUUAAAAUAUGGUACUGUAAUAUGGUACUGGUAUGGUACUGUAAAUAUGGUACUGUAAUAUGGUACUGGUAUGGUACUGUAAAUAUGGUACUGUAAUAUGGUACUGGUAUGGUACUGUAAAUAUGGUACUGUAAUAUGGUACUGUAAAUAUGGUACUGUAAAAUGGUACUGGUAUGGUACUGUAAUAUGGUACUGUAAAUAUGGUACUGGUAUGGUACUGUAAAUAUGGUACUGGUAUGGUACUGUAAAUAUGGUACUGUAAAUAUGGUACUGGUAUGGUACUGUAAAUAUGGUACUGGUAUGGUACUGUAAAUAUGGUACUGUAAUAUGGUACUGGUAUGGUACUGUAAAUAUGGUACUGUAAAUAUGGUACUGGUAUGGUACUGUAAAUAUGGUACUGUAAAUAUGGUACUGGUAUGGUACUGUAAAUAUGGUACUGGUAUGGUACUGUAAUAUGGUACUGGUAUGGUACUGGUAUGGUACUGUAAUAUGGUACUGGUAUGGUACUGUAAAUAUGGUACUGUAAAUAUGGUACUGGUAUGGUACUGUAAUAUGGUACUGGUAUGGUACUGUAAAUAUGGUACUGUAAACUGGUAUGGUACUGGUAUGGUACUGUAAAUAUGGUACUGGUAUGGUACUGUAAAAUGAAAAUGACCACCUGAAAUCUUUGUCAUAGCACUGCCAUGUUGUAAGACUGUCCACCGAGAGACAAAAAGAAGACCUGUUUGUAUGGUGGUGUGAGGAGGCCACACUAUGGGAACUCACCAGGUUUUCAUGAUUAGUCUUAAUUAUUGAGCCUGCUGUAACUCGGAGACUGUGAGACUGCUGUAUCUCAGAGACUGUGAGACUGCUGUAUCUCGGAGACUGUGAGACUGCUGUAUCUCGGAGACUGUGAGACUGCUGUAUCUCGGAGACUGUGAGACUGCUGUAACUCGGAGACUGUGAGACUGCUGUAACUCAGAGACUGUGAGACUGCUGUAACUCGGAGACUGUUAGACUGCUGUAACUCGGAGACUGUGAGACUGCUGUAACUCGGAGACUGUGAGACUGCUGUAUCUCGGAGACUGUGAGACUGCUGUAUCUCGGAGACUGUGAGACUGCUGUAACUCGGAGACUGUGAGACUGCUGUAUCUCGGAGACUGUGAGACUGCUGUAACUCGGAGACUGUGAGACUGCUGUAACUCGGAGACUGUGAGACUGCUGUAUCUCGGAGACUGUGAGACUGCUGUAACUCGGAGACUGUGAGACUGCUGUAACUCGGAGACUGUGAGACUGCUGUAUCUCGGAGAUUGUGAGACUGCUGUAACUCGGAGACUGUGAGACUGCUGUAUCUCGGAGACUGUGAGACUGCUGUAUCUCGGAGACUGUGAGACUGCUGUAACUCGGAGACUGUGAGACUGCUCUAUCUCGGAGACUGUGAGACUGCUGUAUCUCGGAGACUGUGAGACUGCUGUAUCUCGGAGACUGUGAGACUGCUGUAUCUCGGAGACUGUGAGACUGCUGUAACUCGGAGACUGUGAGACUGUUGUAACUCGGAGACUGUGAGACUGCUGUAACUCGGAGACUGUGAGGCUGCUGUAUCUCGGAGACUGUGAGACUGCUGUAACUCGGAGACUGUGAGACUGCUGUAACUCGGAGACUGUGAGACUGCUGUAACUCGGAGACUGUGAGACUGCUGUAACUCGGAGACUGUGAGACUGCUGUAUCUCGGAGACUGUGAGACUGCUGUAUCUCGGAGACUGUGAGACUGCUGUAUCUCGGAGACUGUGAGACUGCUGUAUCUCGGAGACUGUGAGACUGCUGUAUCUCUGAGACUGUGACCCUGCUGUAUCUCGGAGACUGUGAGACUGCUGUAACUCUGUGAGACUGAGUGUUGGGCACAGAACACCCUCUAUGCCUUGUGUUUAACAUCGCACAUUGAAACCGUUGAGUGGAGUUAGCGUUUCAUGCAACUGAAACAGCAUUCAAGGCUAAAAUAGUAAUUCCAUAUUAUUCCCAAUCAUAUUUCUAAUUUCUGUUUUAAAAGCUUGAAUGUUUUUCUGCAGUUGUUGUUACGGUUGAGUACUUCGCUGUUUCAUUGUUACCAACUGUAGGAAAGAGCUGUUGUAUAUUUGCUUUGCGUUUUCUGGAUAUAGAAUGUCAGUGGAAUGAAUAAAUAUCUAUCUGCAGAGUCAUGCACCCACACACAUCUGUGAAUGAAGUGCUUUAGUAGUGUGAGAUGAUGAAAUCCGUUUUGAUAUUACUGUAGUGACGGUUCUGAUUUGAUUGUACACUUUUCCUAAUGGAAAGGUAUGUAAUUGUCUUAUAUUUAAUGACAUUUGUAAGAACAGUACGUGUGUCACUAGACUUUUAUGUUGAAAUAUAUAAAUGGAAACAGAUGUUAUGUCAAUAAGAUAAAGGUAUAGUUAUUGCUUGGUGGUUUAGUAUUUUAUUUUUAACGGAUCGAUUGCGAUGUAACCGUGAAGCCAUGCUUAGCAUAAGGAUGCAACGUAGGAACACAACGUUGUGACCAGUUCUCAGGGAAAUUCUUUGAAGAACAUUUGAGGACAUGAAACCCCAGUUAUGUUGAUGAUGAUGAUGAUGAUGAUGAAGAGGAUACAUGUAUUGACUAAAGCACACAUUGCAUAUUAUUACGUGCCCUCAGGACAGUUGGGCCCAUAAUUCAUAGCCUUGUGAAGGCAGUUUGAGUUGGGGGUUUGUUUUAGAUUUGUAUAAUACAAGGCUAAGAAUGAAAAAAGGCAUAUAACUAUUACCACUGUACUGUAGUUUUAUUGAAACACUUAAAAUGACAAACUACGAAAUAAAGAUUGAAGUAAUUUGAUAA